AUGUUUUGACUUUUGACUUUUACUUUAUAGUUUGUUUUUGUUUACUUGACUCUCCUUGGUCUUGCUUGCAGCUUGCACAAAUCAAAAUAAUUCAUAAAAAUGCUUAAACCCAAAGUCCUAACUCAAGUAUUGAGCCAAGCCAACACAGGAGGAGUAGAAAACACUUUGUUGGUGAAUCAAGAAGGUCUGCUACUGGCCUACAGUGGUUAUGGGGACAAAGAUGCCAGAGUGACCGCAGCGAUUGCGAGCAACAUUUGGAGUAAAUACGAAAAGAACGGCAAAAAUGCUUUGCGUGAAGAUCAACCGGAAAUAAUUCUAAUGGAGUUCCAAGAGGGACGAAUCGCCAUAACUCAAGUUGCCAACGUUUUGCUCUGUUUGUACGCCAAAAAUACUGUGGGUUUUGGUAUGUUGAAGGAAAAGGCUGGAGCGCUAGCCAGUUAUCUGGAGGGACCGUUGCAACAGAUUGCAAUGGCAUAGCAUAAUAUGUAAUGAUUUAUGAUUUUAAUUUAAUUUGUUGAAUAUAGUGAUCCUAUUAUUACAAAGUUUUAUAAGUGUUAAUAAAGGCAGAAAGGCACAGUUCUCAAAAUUCAAAAUCGCUUUAU